CUUCGCACAUAGCCGUUGGUCAGCGCUCAGCCACCGCCCACCAGAACCCUGGACCCAAUCAGCCACCCAUCCAUCACAGCCCAUCUUUGCAAGGCAAGGCCGCCGCCACCGCCGAAGCUAAGCCCGGAAGCCGCCGCCAUGGGGAGGCUCAGCGCCAAGUCCGACUAUGAGAGUCUCCGUGACGCCCGCAUCUCCGAGAACAUGGCCCGGAUGGAGAUGCUCGGCCUGCGCCGCUGCGCGGGGGAGCUCAGCGACAUCGCCGCAGUCUCCAGCCAGCGCACGGCCGGGAGCGCGACUCCCCGGAAGACCCCCAGGCCGCGGGUCAUGAGCAUGACCCCGCUCCGCCGCUCCGGCCGCCUCGCCGCCGCGACGCCGACUGGAUCCGCGUCGAGCCGUCGUCUCUCCGCCCGGUUGAACGGGCAGUCUGUUCAGUACAAGGCGCUGCCUCCCAAAGGAGCUUUGAGCAAAUUGGCGGUGGCCACGGCGGGGGAGACAGAUGAAGAUGAUGAUGAGGAGGAGAAUCUAGCUUUGGUGGUGGACAAGAAGAGGGUGGAGGCGCUGCAGGAGAGGCGAUGCGACAGCAAGGGGAGGGGAGGCGUGUACGACCCUGUUCUUGGGAUCUGCUGCCAUUUCUGCAGGCAGAAGAAAUUGUGCGGCGAGGAGGACUGCAAGCGCUGCGGGGAAGGAGACCUGAAACAACCAUGCUUAGGAAAGACGGACUGCUCAUCUUGUCAUUCUUCCAAUGGGAUACUCUGCCGUGCUUGCCUGAAAGUUAGGUAUGGCGAAGAGAUGGAAGAAGUGAGGAAGAACAAGAACUGGAUGUGCCCUCACUGCAUUGAGGAGAAGGGUAUCAAGAAGUUCUGGAUAUGCAACAGCUCCUUCUGCUUGAAGAAGAGGAAGAUACCACCGACUGGGAUUGCCAUAUACAAUGCAAGGGAGCAAGGAUACGAGUCAGUUGCGCACCUUCUCAUGGACAGGCUGAAGCAACAAGCAUUCUGACGAUGACCCUUUUUAACAUGUUCACUUCUUCAGUGAUUUAGUGAUGAUGGUUGCAUUGUAGUGAGAGUUCCCUUUUCUGGUAGUUUAGAUGGUAGGCAUCUUGUCCUCUUUAGGUGAAGUGUUUCUGUUGAAACGGUCCACUUUUUCCACUUUUGCACCCAAGAAUGGAAGUUAGGAACUCUGUGACAUAUGAGUAGAGGAUAUGCAUCUUAUCCUCUUAGGGUAAGUGUUCUAUUGAUUUGGUACACCUUUGUGCCCAAGAAUGUGAAAAACUCUGUCACUUAUGAGAUGCCCAGGGAUCAGACUGGUAAUCGUAAUGGCAACUUGUCUAUUUAUUGUAA